CCCCGCCCUUCUCUGUUGUCAUUGUCGCUGUUUGAUGACGUACGCCACACGGAUUGUACCAUGGCGACCGACUCUACAAAUUGACUAACAAAAAUGGCAUUUUUAUAGCUGUAAGGUCGUCUGCAAAAUUAGAAAAAUAACAUUUUACUGAGUAUGACGAACAGAACGUCUUAUUUCUAUGACCCGGACGUGGGCAACUUUCAUUACGGUGCUGGUCAUCCUAUGAAGCCUCACCGGUUAUCCCUGACUCACAGUCUGGUGCUGCACUAUGGACUCUACAAAAAAAUGAUGGUGUUUAAGCCAUACAAAGCGUCACAGCACGACAUGUGUCGCUUCCAUUCGGAAGACUACAUAGACUUCUUGCAGAAGGUCAGCCCCAACAACAUGCAGGGCUUCACCAAGAGCCUCAACACAUUUAAUGUUGGAGAUGACUGUCCUGUCUUUCCAGGUCUUUUUGAGUUCUGCUCCAGAUACACAGGAGCCUCAUUGCAAGGUGCUACACAACUCAACCAUAAGAUCUGUGACAUCGCCAUCAACUGGGCAGGAGGACUGCAUCAUGCCAAGAAGUUUGAGGCGUCUGGAUUUUGUUACGUCAACGACAUUGUCAUUAGUAUACUGGAGCUUCUCAAAUACCACCCUAGGGUCCUGUACAUCGACAUAGACAUUCAUCAUGGUGACGGUGUGCAGGAAGCCUUCUAUUUGACGGAUCGGGUCAUGACUGUGUCGUUCCACAAAUACGGGAACUACUUUUUUCCAGGGACAGGUGACAUGUACGAGGUCGGAGCAGAGAGUGGCCGCUACUACUGCCUCAAUGUUCCUCUCAGGGACGGCAUUGAUGACCAGAGCUAUAGGCAGUUGUUCCAGCCAGUCAUUAAACAAGUAGUGGAUUUCUACCAGCCUACUUGCAUCGUUCUACAGUGCGGAGCAGAUUCUCUGGGCUGUGACAGGCUGGGCUGCUUCAACCUCAGCAUACGAGGACACGGCGAGUGUGUGGAGUUUGUGAAGAGCUUCAAGAUUCCUCUGCUGGUUCUGGGAGGAGGUGGCUACACAGUCAGGAAUGUGGCCCGAUGCUGGACGUUUGAGACUUCUCUUUUACUGGAUGAGUCCAUCAGCGAUGAGCUGCCUUACAGUGAGUACUUUGAGUACUUUGCUCCUGACUUUACGCUGCAUCCUGACGUCAGCACCAGGAUAGAAAACCAGAACUCUCGGCAGUAUUUGGAGCAGAUCCGUCAGACGGUGUUUGAGAACUUGAAGAUGCUAAACCAUGCACCCAGUGUUCAGAUCCACGACGUCCCCUCAGACAUUCUGAGCUACGAACGCACAGAUGAGCCCGACCCUGAUGAGAGAGGCGGCGAGGAAAACUACACGAGGCCAGAAGCAGCAAAUGAGUUCUACGAUGGUGACCAUGACAACGAUAAAGAAAGUGAUGUGGAAAUAUAACCAUGAACUUGUUUCCUUGACUGAGGAUUACAAUGGACACACGAAACGUCACAUUAAAUGCCCAACAAGGUUGUGGACAUUUAAAACUUUCAUUGUUUCCAUUUUUGUGUACAUGUACAAUAAAUUGUCAAAAUUUU